GGCCCCGCCCCGGCUGGGCCCCGCCCCGGCUCUACGCGUCACCGGAAGUGAGGCAACGGAAGUAGUAAAAUCCGCGGGGCGGGAGGCCGGCGCGCCCUGAGGUGGCUGGCUGGUGGGAUGGCAGAUGAAGAAGAAGACCCCACCUUUGAGGAAGAAAAUGAAGAAAUUGGAGGAGGUGCAGAAGGUGGACAGGGUAAAAGAAAGAGGCUUUUUUCUAAAGAAUUACGGUGUAUGAUGUAUGGGUUUGGGGAUGACCAGAAUCCUUAUACUGAAUCAGUAGAUAUUCUUGAAGACCUUGUCAUAGAGUUCAUCACUGAAAUGACUCACAAGGCAAUGUCAAUUGGAAGACAAGGUCGGGUACAAGUUGAAGAUAUCGUCUUCUUGAUUCGAAAGGACCCAAGAAAAUUUGCAAGGGUUAAAGACUUGCUUACUAUGAAUGAAGAAUUGAAACGAGCUAGAAAAGCAUUUGAUGAAGCAAACUAUGGAUCUUGAUGCCUUUUGUACUUUCUAAAGCUUCAUUAUCUUCUGGGGAAACCAUGUUUAAUAACUAUAUUUUCCAUAGUAAGGUCUUGAUACCUAGCCAUGUGAAUGAAAGAUGGAGAACCACACAGUUUUCUGUCUUUAUUUUCAUGUCUUCAAUUUUAGAGUGAUAUUUGAGCCUUUAGUUGCCUGCCAUUAUAUUACCAUACUUGAAUUACUUACUGGAUUUUAAUGACCACAUGUAAGUCAAAGUACCUUGCAAACCAUUCAGUUCCUUCUGACUUUUGACCAUCUAAAUGAUGAAUUAAUAUUUAUAUAUUAGAUGUACUUGUGCCAUUGUAAACUGUACUGUAGCUGUUUAAUAUGUGAAAUCUAAACAGCGCCUUUGACUUUGGUAGCUAAGACGUGUUUCAUGUAUUCUUAAGUUUUUAGAUUACAGUAGUAUAAGUUAAUAAAGGAUAGUGAACUGGUUUGUGUUUCUUUUAAGGAGAAAAUGAUAUUAGAAAAUACAGCCUUUUGUAGGAGUGUUUGUCUUAAGAUAAUUUGUUUUAAUGCUCUUUAGAUAACAAGAAUAAUUUUUUUAAUUUUAAUUUUUUAUUUUUUGAGAAACUGAAAGUGUCCUAUGAAUGCUUCUGUGUUGGAAGGCUUAUUUUAUUUAAAAUCUUUGGGGCUUAUACUAUUUGUCAGCUUUUAAGAGAACUCAUUUUCCCAGGUCAAAUUAAAGCUUCUAAAAAGUGCUUUCAGUAGCAGGAAUGGCAUUGCUGAAAAAGCUGAUGGCAAGAUAAGCAUUUGGGGUAGUGUUUUAUUAACAUAUCUGUUAGUACUUGUUCACUGUGGAAUUGUGUACUUGAGUAAAACCAUGUGUGGCUAUGGAAACCACUUUUGCAGUUCAGGAUAUACAGGUUUUGUGUGUAUUUAGUUUAUUGUAUUAUUCUUGCACUUAGCUUAAAGUAAGGAUUAAAAUUGCAUUUAAAGGGAUCAUUGGAUAUUACUCUUUGUGAAACUGAAUGUUUUGUGUGCUGCUUAUAAACAUCUAUGAAUCAGUAAUUAGGAAAUUUUACUUUCUUAACCUAUCAAUAUAAGGAAUAAAGUAUGAAAAAUUAAAAAGAU